CUCGGUAUGGCAAGUAGUUUAAAAAAUUGGGUUUUGUUGGACCAGGACCCAUAUCACAUGGAAGGGGUAUCAGACCUUACACUUGGUUAUUGAUUAAAUCUCACCAACCAAAAUGGGUAAUAAAAUCUUUUCGAGAAAAAAGAAUGUCGAUCCAGAUGCCGCGUGGAAGAAACAGAACGAUGAAAUUGCUAAGAACCCGAUGUACAAGCUCGUCGGGUUUGGCGGAACUGGGUUACUGGUGGAUGAAUUCAACGAACAUGGGGCUGAGAAGAUGAAGCAGCUUGCUAGGGAGAAACUGAAGGAGUACUUGUACAAUGGUGGGGACGGUGGUACGAUUUCAAAGGAAGAGUACCUCAAAUGGUAUAAGGAUAAAAUGGAACUUGAAAUGGGACUAGAAGAAAUUGAGAAGGUUCAUUUUUCUGACAAAUCGUUCAAUACGUUGAGUGAGCACAAGGCCUGUUGGAGACUGGAUAAACGGGGCGGAGUCGGCGAGACACCCUUUCACCUCGCCCACCUCGGGGACAUACCAGAGGUGGCCAGCAUACUGCUCAAAUUGUUCCCCAAAAUGGCACUUGAUGUUUAUGAAGGAGAUGAAUAUUUUGGAGAAAGUGCCUUGCAUAUUGCUAUUGUAUUUAAUCGCUUUGAUGCUGUGAAAGAGCUGAUUAGCCACAAGGCUGAUAUUAACCAAAGAGCCACAGGCAGAUUCUUCUUACCUGAGGAUCAGAAGAAAGGAAAGACAAACAAUACCAAUUAUGAAGGUGAUGCAUAUUACGGUGAAUAUCCUCUUGCAUUUGCGGCCAGUUUCAACAACCAGGAGAUUUAUGACUACCUCAUAGAAAAUGGAGCCAACCCAGACCUCCAGGAUUCAUUCGGAAACACCGUCCUUCAUUUGACUGUCAUACACAAUCAGCCGCAAAUGUACAAACACGCUGUACAACACAACAGGAAACUAGCACAUACGAACAUCAAGAACAACAUGGGACUGACACCGAUCACACUGGCUACCAAGCUGGGCAGACAUGUCAUAUUCAAGGAGAUGUUGGAACUCAAUAGCACCGAAUUCUGGUCUUACAGUAAUGUGUAUUGUUCUGCCUAUCCACUUACCACCCUGGAUUCUAUUGGUCCUGAUGGUAAAACAAACUGGAGUUCGUCCCUGAUGAUUAUUGUCAAUGGUGAGACAGACGAGCAUCUUGAGAUGCUGGAGGGCGGGGUCAUGAGACAGCUGCUUGAUGAAAAGUGGAAAACGUUUGCUCGGAGGCGGUUCAUUGUGCGGCUGGUUAUUGCCAUGAUUCACCUUUCCUUGAUCAGCAUCGCCAUCUACACAAGACCACUCGGCCGAGACCUGCUGCAUUACAGUGGGGUCGACGAUGCUAUGCGUUAUAUAGCCGAGAUUCUUGUGUGUUUCGGCUGUGGGCUAGCUCUCUUUUUGGAAGUGCUUGACAUUCGUUCACGGGAUAUCAAGAGCUUUGCUAAGAACUAUAUCAAUGCACCUGCGCAGAUGGUGUACAUGAUGUCGUGUGUGUUGAUACUGAUGUGCAUUCCAUUCCGCUUUCUUCAUCUUCACAUCGUGGAGGACAUCUUACUCAUAUUUGCUGUACCAGGAUCAUGGUUUUUCUUGCUUUUCUUUGCCAGGGGUGUAAAACUAACAGGUCCAUUCGUGACCAUGGUGUACAAAAUGUUGGAAGGGGAUCUCGUGAGAUUUGGGGUUAUUUAUAUCAUAUUCUUGCUGGGAUUUGCACAAGGUUUCUACUUCCUGUUCCAAGAUGGGGAUGAUGAUAAUUCAGAUACCCAGAAGUUCGCAACUCCACAGGACACGGUUAUGACCUUGUUCCAGAUGACCUUAGGAGAGUUCAAGUACGACUCCUUCAACUUUGCGCGGUAUCCACCACUGACAAAGCUAAUAUUUGCCAUCUUUAUGAUCCUUGUUCCAAUUCUGCUGCUCAACAUGUUGAUAGCCAUGAUGGGCAACACGUACCAGAGAGUAAUUUCCAAGUCAGAAAAAGAAUGGAGGAAGCAGUGGGCUAAAACUGUUGUAGUUUUAGAGCGUGGAUUUUCCAAGGAGAAGUUAUUACGGUUUCAGAGGGAGUACUCUGUAAAUAUUACAAAACCAGAAGGGGAGGUCCGAGCACUUGUUGUCAUCAAAACAGAAUCGAAGACGAAAGCUCAGUCUCGGAAAGCCGCUGAUGCUAACUGGAAGCGGCUUGGUAAGGAAGUGAUUUGGCAACUGAAAGACAACAAGAGAAGUGGGAAGACGGGCAUGUUUGAACUUCAGCUACAGCGUGCAUCAAAGAAGAAGAAACUCAGCCCACGACAGCUAGAGGUCUGCGAUAAUGAGGUCAUACCAGACGCUUUUACCUCGACGGUCGCGCAGCUUGCCUGGCAGAAAGACAUUGACCUCACGAAGGGUCACGCAUUCAUAGAGGAUCCAGCCAAGAUCGACGAGAUCAGCCCCAGGAUUGACCUGCCUCUUGGCACCAGUUCGUCACUGAAAGGUGCAGCAGCGGUGCCGAACGGAAAGGUAAAACAGAAAGAGACGUCUGUGUCUUCAUCCGAGACGGUUAUGACUCCCAAUGCAAGGAUGUCACUCUUGUACAAUCGCGUCCAUCCGAUGCAGCCUUUCGUACCCGAGCUAGACAGUUCAGACAAUUUUUGGAGAUGACACUGCAGAUGGUGCUGGU